GGGAUCUGUCUGAUCCUUCCCACCUGUCUGCUGCCUACCUGUUCUUUCCCCUCCAGUUCGAAUACUGGGCCAGUCUAUCUGAUUGGCCCAUAGGUGACUCUUCAGAGCAGUGCAUGCCACGACUCACUCGAUCACAGACCAAGACCAUGGACCGGAAGGAGGGAGAAUCCCUCCUGGCCUAUGAGGAACGCCUGACUGCUUUCAUCCAGGAGGGCAAUGACAGGGCUGCCGCCGCGGCCAAGGAACGUGGUCGGAUUGAGCAAGAAGAGGAGGCCAAGCAACAGAGGGAAGAACAGGACCGACUUUACGAGGCCCCGGAGACUGAGAAAGGGUUGUCAGCCCUUGCGCAGGUCUCCCACGACCUCUUGGCCACCUGCGUUCUGCAGCAGGAGGAAAUCCUUCACCUGCAGCAGACAGUGGACCAGAUGCUCGCACGGCUGCAGGCGUUGGAAAAACAGCCAGCUGCUGUAGCAGCCGCAUGGCCUUCAAACCUUGCCACCCGUGUUCAAGUUUUGGAGGACGACGUAAACAAUAUCAAGCGUGUGCAUCAGGACUUCAGGACGUCGCAGCAAGCAACGAACUUGCAGUUGGAGACGCAGGUCCAGGCUGCUGCCACCGUGACGCCCGCCGCCGCAUCCUCCAGGCGCCCACCCAAGCUAGAUGACAUUCUAGUUUUCUGCGAUCAGUCCAAGACGGAACCGAUCCCGUGGUGGCGCCAGUUUACUCUCAGGCUCGACAUGCACCAUGUCUCGAACAACGAUCGACAUCCGUGCUUGUACCACCGAUCUGGUGGUGCGUGUCAAGCAUGGCUGGAGAACAUCUUGACCAGCCACGGCGUAGCUGUGUCGGAACUGCACACCAAGCUCACUUGGCAGGAGUUGACUGACGCCUGGCACAAGCGAUUCCAAGUGGAGCUGCCCGACCUGCAAGCGAUGGACAAGCUCAACAAGCUCCAUCAGAAUACGCUACUCAGUCAGGACUGGAUUACCGAGUUCCAAAAACUCGCCUCCACACCUGACCUGCCGCUCGCAUUCCGCGCCAUCAAGCACUUGUUUAUCAUGCGCUCUGUCCAAGCUCCAUUUGGGUAUGGAGGUGGUGGGAUCGCAUCUGGAGACAUCUGGGCACGGAUCAGCAAUGGCCCUGGGACUGGAGAGCAAUUUUGUGUGGAUCGUGGCAGCCGGAUCAGUCGAGGCCAGAGAUACGCUGGCAGCGACUGCAGCGUCAACAUGGGAGAGAGGAUGAUGCCUGAGCUAUGGAGACGGGUGGGGCCUCCCUUCAUCAUGAUGUCGCGAAAGAAUGGCUCUGAGCUGACAAUGACAGCCCGAGGUUUGCGCCGAUAUGCACAAUUUCUUUGUAAGACUAAACCAUGUGUAUCGAGUUGGAGCAGUGUCCAAGCACUUUUGGAGCCAUUCUUGCCAAAGGAGGAUUAUCAAUUCAAUUUCAAGACGUGUGCAAUUGUGAGCAGUGCUAAGCAGGUUGUUAAAAACUGGAAGAAAGAGAGUGGGCCUCCUCUGGACGGCUCAAGCCCCCAUCACGAGUAUGACUAUGAUAAAGGCCCAUGGGGUGCUGACAUCGAUCGUCAUGAUAUGAUAUUGAGAAUCAACAAUGCUCCCACAACAGGCUUUGAAGAACAUGUUGGAAAGAGGACAACACAUAGGCUUGUUCAAGCGGAAUAUGCUCGAAUGGUGCACUCGAUGUUGGGAACUGAGGUUGUUCUGAAUCGCACAAAAACUCUGGUGACACCGUCGACAUGGUGGGCAGGAGGACAUCCAUCAUCUGAAAGGGUGACAUACCUCUUGGCAGUGCACCCGGAGCGUUAUCACAGAGAACUGAGAGCGCAAGAAAGAAGUGCAUAUGUACCUUACACUGAGAUUUUCCCUGGAAGCAAGCAAUAUCUGUUGUCGCCCAUGUUUACACAGGAGAUUGCGCACGCUCACGAGCGCGUUCAGAGUGAGAUCAGAAAAAUGGGACUGGGAUGCUUCAAGGGGUCAUUUAAAGGAAUCCCUCCAAUCCUCAUGGCCACGUUCGUGAGCCUUCAGCCAUUUGCUGCUAUGUCAUCUGCUGCCACGUCAUCUUCUGCUACGUCAUCUGCUGGCAGUCCAUUUGUUACCAAGCCAUUUGCUACUACGUCAUCUUAUGCCACGUCAUCUGCUGCCAAUCCAUUUGCUACCAAGCCAUUUGCUGCUAUGUCAUCGUCUGCUGCCUCAUCAGCUGCUGUCACGGCAUCUGCUGCCAAGUCGUCCACAACUGCCACAUCUUCUACUGCUUUCCCAGAUGCAGGGGCGGCUCCCUCUUCCGACAAACCAAAGGAUGUUAGUGGUGGACAGUCUGAGUCAACGACGAGGGCAAUGGCGACCUCGAUGAAUGCAAAAGCGGGAAAGAAGAAGUCUGGGACGAAAAUCAGGGGGCGGGCGUUGGCUCUGGCAAGUCAGUAUCUCGUCUCAUCCGAAGGUUACGAUCUAUGGAAGAAGAUGAUGAAGGAGGAGAGGGGUGUUGUGAUGGCGCUGCGCGCCUAUGGCUGGUUGGCGAAGAAGAAGAAGAAGAAGAAGAAUAGGAAGGCAAAGAAGAAGAAGAAGAAGAAGAAGAAGAAGAAGAAGGCAAAGAAGAAGAAAAAAGAGAAGGCGAAGAAGAAGAAGAAGAAGAAGAAGGCAAAGAAGAAGAAGAAGAAAAAGAAGGCAAAGAAGAAGAAGAAAGAGAAGGCGAAGAAGAAGGCGAAGAAGAAGAAGGCGAAGGAGAAGGCGAAGAAGAAGGCGAAGAAGAAGAAGAAGAAGAAGAAGAAGGUGAAGAAGAAGGCGAAGAAGAAGGCGAAGAAGAAGGCGAAGAAGAAGGUGAAGAAGGCAAAGAAGAAGAAGAAGGCGAAGAAGAAGGCGAAGAAGGCGAAGAAGAAGGCGAAGAAGAAGGAGAAGGAGAAGGUGAAGAAGGCAAAGAAGAACGCGAAGAAGAACAAGAAGGCCAAAAAGAAGGCCAAGAAGAAGAAGGCGAAGAAGAGGAUGAAGAAGAAGGCAAUGGCGAAGAAGAAGAAAAAGAAGGCGAAGAAGAAGGCGAAGAAGGCGAAUAAGGCGAAGAAGGCAAAGAAGAAGGCGAGGAAGGCGAAGAAGAAGGCGAAGAAGGCGAAGAAGAAGAAGAAGAAGAAGAAGAAGAAGAAAAAGAAGAAGAAGGAGGGGAACAAGAAAAAGAAGAAGAAGAAGAAGAAGAAGAAUAAGAAGAAGAAGAAGAAGAAGAAGAAGAAGAAAAAGAAAAAGGCGAAGAAGAAGAAGAAGAAGAAAAAAAAGAAGAAGGAGAAGAAGAAGGAGAAGAAGGCGAAGAAAGUGAAAAAGAAGAAGAAGGUGAAGAAGGCGAAGAAGAAGAAGGCGAAGAAGAAGAAGGCGAAGAAGGCGAAGAAGAAGAAGGCAAAGAAGAAUGCGAAGAAGGCGAAGAAGGCGAAGAAGAAGGCGAAGAAGGCGAAGAAGAAGGCGAAGAAGAAAGUGAAGAAGGAGAAGAAGAAAGCGAAGAAGGCGAAGGCGAAGAAGGCGAAGAACGUGAAGAAGAAGAAGAAGAAGGCGAAGAAGGUGAAGAAGGCGAAGAAGAAGAAGGCGAAGAAGGCAAAGAAGGCGAAAAAUAAAGUGAAGAAGGCGAAGAAGAAGAAGAAGAAGAAGAAGAAAGCGAAGAAGGCGAAAAAUAAAGUGAAGAAGGCGAAGAAGAAGAAGAAGAAGAAGGCGAAGAAGGAGAAGAAGGCGAAGAAGAAGGCGAAGGCGAAGAAGAAGAAGAAGAAGAAGAAGAAGAAGAAGAAGAAGAAGAAGAAGAAGAAGAAGAAGAAGAAGGUGACGAAGAAGAAGAAGAAGAAGGCGAAGAAGAAGGCGAAGAAGAAGGCGAAGAAGAAGGCGGCGAAGAAGAAGGCGAAGAAGGCGGCGAAGGCGGCGAAGGCGAAGGCGAAGGCGAAGGCGAAGGCAAAGGCAAAGAAGAAGAAGAAGAAGAAGAAAGCGACGAAGAAGGCGACGAAGAAGGCGGCGAAGAAGGCGAAGACGAAGAAGGCGAAGGCGAAGGCGAAGAAGAAAGCGAAGAAGAAGAAGAAGAAGAAGAAGAAAAAGAAGGUGAAGGUGAAGAGGAAGAAGAAGGCGAAGAAGAAGGGGCAGAAGGCGAAGGCAAAGGCGAAGGCGAAAAAGAAGAAGGCGAAGGCGAAGGUGAAGGCGAAGAAGAAGAAGAAGAAGAAGAAGAAGAAGAAGGUGAAGGCGAAGAAGAAGGCGGCAAAGAAGGCGAAGACGAAGAAGAAGGCGAAGAAGAAGGAGAAGAAGAAGGAGAAGAAGGCGAAGGCGAAGGCGAAGAAGGCGAAGGCGAAGAAGAAGAAGAAGAAGAAGAAGAAGAAGAAGGCGAAGAAGGCGAAGGCGAAGAAGGCCAAGAAGGCCAAGAAGAAGAAGGCCAAGAAGAAGAAGGCGAAGAAGAAGAAGAAAAGAAGAAGAAGAGAAGAAGAAGAAGAAGGCGAAGAAGAAGAAGAAGAAGAAGAAGAAGAAGAAGAAGAAGUGUAUGGCACCACCAAAUAACAAUCAUUUCUCCUCCACCUCACUCUCUCCUCCUCCUGUACGCCUACAACAUAUGAAUUUCAGAUCUUAGCAAGGGAGCCCGACUCCCGAAAUACCAAUGUCACUGCUGAUGUCUCCGGGAAGAAGGCUGUCUAUGGCCAGGGGCAGACGUCCAAGGUAUGGUGUGAAGUGAGUGGCCUCCACUACCAUCAGCGGUGGCUCAAGAAUGUACCUGUUGUAAGUGGACAAUAAGGCACUGAUGACUAUCAACAGGUUGGAGGUCACACGAGAGGCGGGUGGGCAGCCAAACCACAAGGCAAGCAGCAGGGGAGCACAAUGAGCAACAAGGCAGCAAAUCAACAACACACAAACAAAACAAAAAGCAGCGAGGCGA